ACAUACUAAAUGUGUAAAUACUAGCUUACACCAAAGUCAAAAGGGAGCAGAUUUUAAACCCGCGGCAACCAACAAAAGAUUAUUUAAACCUUCUCGUUAAAAUAUUUGCUUUAUUUUUACCAAAUUAUCAUCUAUCACAAUAUUUUUAAGUAAAAUCUUAGCUCACAUGGUUCAUCUUCAUACAGGAGGCAGAGAUAUAGAAUUAAUUAAUUCAAAUUAAAACAACAUGUUUUCAACCCUGAACAGUGUCUAGACCCUUCCCCUUCAUCCCCCCCUGUACCAAUCUAACUAAUUACAAUUUUUGGAAGUAUAUAAAAAAAUUAAUGAACGUUUUUUAAUAUCGGACAAAACAAAUCCUUGAAUUUAAUAAUUAUUAAUUUAAUAGUUUUUAGUUGCACCCUUGUUUAAAUAUAUCCUAUAUAAAGACAGGAUGAGGAGUAAGAUACUCAUAUCUUAAACACGCAGCCUCACUCAUCUCUCAGAUAUGUUUGGUGUGAGUGUACAACUAUUGUUCUUUGUACUGUCCUCUACUCUUGUGCAUUGUAAUCCGGGAGAACUUGUGAUUGAUCAGGAUACUCAGGAUCAUCUUGAUCUUUCAGAUACCAAGGAUUAUGGUUCGGAUCUGAUUGGUUUAGAACUCCUGGAUCUGGAUCAACUGGAGAAGGAUCUCAGGAGAAGAAAAAAUCUGAUCAGUGGUAUAUGGCAUGGAGUUAAUCCUCGUUUUCUGAUGAGCCAGGGAACUCCGUACAACCAAGAUGAGCUGAAUCAGAUGGACUCCAUUGGUAGAGUUGGAGUUAAGCGUGCACCUUCUUUCCCUUCUCAUAGGGAUAGAAAAUGUGGUCUUGGAUACACAAGCUGUUAUUAGUGGAUAUAUCAGCUGUUUUUCUGGAUAUAUUAUCUGUUUAGUAGUGGAUAUAUCAGCUGUUUGUGCUGGAUAUUUUAGCUUUUUAGCAGUGGAUAUACCAGCUGUUUGUACUGGAUAUAUUAGCUCUUUAGUAGUAGAUAUAUCAGCUGUUAGUAGUGAAUAUAUCAGCUAUUAGUAGUGGAUAUAUUAGCUAUUAUUAGUAGAUAUAUCUUUUGUUAGUAGUGGAUAUAGGAGCUGCUAGUAGUGGAUACUGGAUAUGUCAGCUGUUAGUAGUGGAUAUAUCAGCUGUUAAUAUGGAUAUAUCAACUGUUGGUAGUGGAUAUAUUAGCUGUUAGUAUGGAUAUAUCAGCUGUUAGUGGUGGAUAUAUCAGCUGUUAGUAUGGACAUCUCAGCUGUUAGUAGUGCAGUAUCAGCUGAAAGUAGUGCAAAUAUUUCAGCUCGAUAAAUUAGCUGUUAAUAGCUGAUAUAACUGUUGUUAUCUGAUGUUUCAACUGUUAAAUUAGUUGAAACACAAGCUGUAACUAUUGCAUAUACCACUGUAAUAUUAAUUUCAUAAAUAAAUAUCAUCUAUGUAA